ACAGUUAUUAUGGGAUCAAAUCAUAGCAAACAGACCAACAGUAUUAAUAAAUGUGAUACUAUCGCUAAACCGAUUGUCCAAAUACCACAACAACCACAACAACAAUUAGUUGUUAACAAUAGUCGCCAAUUGGGUAUAUUCUGGGACAUCGAGAACUGUGGUAUACCGUCAAAGAAAACGGCUUCAAAUGUGGUCAACAGUUUGCGCGUCAGUCUAAGCCGUUUGCAUCCCGAGUGCUGUUUCGCCAAAGAAUUUUACUGUGUAUGCAAUACUCAUAUACUGACCACUGACCACUUGGACGGUCUCAAUAGGAACGGUGUGUUUGUUAUUCACGUAAACGGCGGGUCAAAGAAUGCGGCCGACGAUCGGCUACAAGAGUUGAUUGAUAUGUUUGCCGAUAGAAACGCGGGCACCGAUGCUCUUGCGGUCAUUAUAACAUCGGACAUUGAUUUCGGCAAAUCUAUACGUAACGCACGGUUUAAGGGCCUGUAUGUGGCGCUUAUCCAUCGGACACAAUGUUCAUCAGAUCUCAAAUUGUUGGCAAACGAGACACACAAUUUUGAUCAGUUGAUUGAUUGUGAAAGUCAUCAAAUCGGCCACAAAUUAGUAAACCCUUCUUAUGUAGAUAUCAAUGAUUUGUUAAAGAAAAUUAUGCCCGAGUCUCGCAUACUAUUAAAGUAUAAUCAAAUAGUGAAUAAUAUUGACCAGAAACCGGUAACAGUCGAUAAUGAUCACCAUUUGUUUAAUAACAUCGAUACGAAUAAGUAUAAUGGACCGAAACACGAAAAGACCGGUUGGGUUGAAGUGCUGUAUUCAAGAUAUGAGCCCCGAUGGUGUGUCCUCAAUGUGUCGGCCAGUACUAUGUGUUUCUAUCGGAACCCAAUGGAGACCACCAAAAGUGCUAAUUGUUUGCUAGCAAUUUGUUUGGCCAAUCAAUUGAUUAUAUAUAACACUGAUUUAUGGGAAUUUGUUAUCCCAAGAGUUUUGGCCACAAAUAUUUCAUUUCGCGAAAGUCCCUCAACAGUCGACAGUCCCGUCAGAUGCCGAAUCCCGAACUCAGUAGAGGCCAGUCAAUGGUUAAAUGCUAUUCGAUUGUUACCCGUCAAAGAUGUUUCAAUAGUAUCCUGCUCAAAUUUUAUUUGGCAAAGUUAUCUUAACAGUUAUCCCAUUAAUAAUAAACCAAUUGUUCAGACAAAUAGUACAACAAAUUUAGUGAACAAUCAAAAUAAAAAACAAAUAAUACCGUCACAACCAACAGCACUACCAACACCAUCAUCAACAACAUCAACAACAACUAUAACAACAAUGACAACAACAAAAUCAUUACAACCAAAAAAUUCAUCUAAAACUUCCAACACUAGAGUAUCAGAAAGUUCGGGUCAAUCGACAAAUUCGGUAAUACCUGUCAAACGUAACAACAAAUACAGUACUAUUAGUGACAAUCGCAAGUCGAUUGUGAUAAUGGAGGACAAGAUGAGACAAAACAGGACAUGGAUUUCGACACUGCGAAGCCUUCUUCACACUUGGAACGACCGGUCGACUAAUGGCAAUCAUAUUGUGGAUGUUCACGAUUUGGGCAAACAAUUGUCAAUCGGACAGUUAGAUAGUAAUCUGGAUGAUCACGUUUUGCUGGUAAUCGCUACAAAUGCCGACACCUGUACGGCACUGGUCAAUGCUGCCCGAGUCAGAUGUCUGCGAUGGAAUAAUUAUCUAUCAAUUAAAAGCUAUAUCGAUAGCAAUUAUUUAUCACCCAAUUGAUCCUAUAAGGA